AUCAGAUGGCUGUAGACCCGCAACCAGGCAGUCAGAAUACUGUUAAUCAGAACCAAGCACAAUCGACGAUACAGAAGGAAUCUGUGUUUCUGCGGCUGUCAAAUAGGGUUAAGACGCUCGAGCGUAACAUGUCUCUCUCUGGGCAGUAUCUAGAAGAGUUGAGCAGGCGAUAUAAGAAACAGGUUGAAGAAAUGCAGAAAUCUUUCGAGAAAACUUUGGUACAGAUGACAGAAGAAAGAAAGAAAAGCAACGAACGGGAACAAAAGUACAUAGAGCAAAUGAGCAACUUGCAAGAGCAACUAGCUAAAAUGGCCAUAAAUAUGGAACUACUUAUGGAAGAUCGAGAUAGCUGGUUCGGAAACGUAACGUUCUUUAAAUUUAUAGUUUUCCAAGUUUUAAUAGUUAUAGGAAUCAUUUAUUAUCUGUUACAAAAACAAAAGCCAGAACCAGUCAUAUUGCAUGUACCGAAAAAGAUAAAGAAAAGACAGGAGAAAUUAAGAAGGCGAUCUGUGGAAGGUGUGAGUGGACAUGCAACUCCUGCUGCGAAGAAAAGGCGGCCAAGUGAGGAGGCAUUCCAAAUUGCAAGACAGUCUACCGAAGAUGUAGAAAUAGAACAUAACCAUGGAGAAUGGCAAGUAGCCAAGAAGAACAGGCGACGAAAACCAUCAGUGUAUCAACAACACAUAGAAUUAAAUACAAACAUUAACACAAAUCAAGAUGAAAUCAGAAAGCUAGACGAGAAUCCAAUAGCGUUAGACGCAAACGAAUAUUUCGCGCCCAUACCAGAACCAGUAGAAUUUAUUGAUGUAAAUAAAAAAGAGUUACCAAAAACCAACGGGUCUUUCUUCAACAACUUGAAGAACAAGACUCUGAAAACGAGGCGACUCUCGUCUCCCGCUUUCCUAAGAACUUUAAACAGACAAAGUCUCCGAAGUACUCCUAGUCCCAUUAUGAGGACUAUUGAGCCUAUUUUUAACGGAAAAAUAGGUAAAAAGGCUGCUUCUGAGUCGCCUACUGGUAGUCUGUGGUCAGAAUCCACAGAUAUUUCACAAAACGGACCACAGUAUAGUGAAAACGGUAAAAAGAAGAAAAGUUUAAAAAAUAUCCUUAAAAAAGUGUUUUAGGACUUAUAUAAUCAUGUUUCUAUGCUAUUUGGCUAUUGUAAUUUAUUUCAAUGUGGAUGUAAUUAUUGUUAAAUUAUUGUAUAUUAUUUGUAUGAAUGUUAGAGCUGUGUAGGUGCCAAUUGUGAUAAAUUAGGGAGCCUAAUGAUAGUUGUUGAAUUGUUUUGUAAUGCCGCUUGGGACAAUAAAGUAAAUUGAUCAUGGACACUAGUCGAGUGAGCGAAUACAAAGAAAUGGCAUUAAAUGCGUUUUAUUUUA